UAAAAAGAAAAUGAAAAAGGCAUAAGAGAGCCUACUAUAUAUAAUGGUUCUUAGAAAAUUCCUUUCAAGUCAAGUAGAUAGUUAUCAGAGAGCAUGAUGGCAUCCUCCAUUUCCAAUUCCGUAUCCAGUUUUGCUGCGGUAGCAGUAGCAUUAAUUUCCUGUGCUUCCCUUGUUCUGGGCUCUGUUGAAUAUUCUCCUGAACAAGAAGUAAAGGCUUUGCUUGAAUCUGGAUGGUGGAGUCCUGAAUAUCUCAAUUCCACAACCACAACUUCUUGCAAGUUGCCUGGUAUCACUUGCAAUCGUGCUGGAAGCAUUACCCGUAUUUCUAUACAUAAGUUUUUUAUAUAUGGAACCGAACUUGGGAAAUUUCUUAAUGGCUCUUCGUUUCCGAAUUUAGUCCAUCUGGAUCUUGCUGCAGCUGAACUCUUUGGGAGCAUCCCGCCAGAAAUCGGCACUCUUUCGAAGCUCACUUACCUCGACCUCUCUCAUAAUUAUCUUUUAGGUGAGUUACCUCUUUCAUUAGGAAACCUCUCCCAAUUAGUGGUGCUUGACAUUUCUUUUAAUCAAAUCUCUGGCCAGUUGCCUCUUUCAAUCACAAGCCUCACCCAUUUAAUGGAGUUUGACGCUUCUUCUAAUGCAAUUAAUGGUUCCAUUCCAAUCCACAUAGGAAAGCUGAAAAAUCUUCAGUUCUUGAUCAUGCCCGGAAAUAGGCUCGAUGGACCACUUCCAUCAAGUCUGGGUCAGCUAACCAAAUUAACUACUCUCUCUCUUUAUUCAAACUAUAUCGCCGGUUCAAUCCCUUCAGAAAUAGGGAAGAUGACCAGCCUUGAUCAUCUAGACCUUCAUGACAAUAUGCUCAUGGGACAGCUGCCUCCAACUCUGGGUCAAUUAACUAACUUAUCUGAGUUGUACCUUGAUUCCAACCAAAUAAUUGGAUCCAUCCCUCCAUCAAUAGCAAAGCUAGUGUAUCUGGUUCAUCUCAACUUAGGUGCAAAUAUGUUCCACGGACCACUCCCUCCAGAAAUUGGAAAUCUAACGAGUCUGGAAACAUUGGUACUCGAUGAGAACCAACUAACUGGUGCAGUACCUUCUGCUAUAUGUGAUUUAACCAACUUACAAUACUUGAGCCUCAGUCGGAACCAGUUAAGUGGUUCAUUGCCUUCCCGAAUAGGGAAUUUGAAGAACCUGACAAGAUUGAAACUCAGUUCGAACAACCUCAUGGGUACCAUUACUCCAUCUUUAGGUAGUCUUAAGAGUAUACAGUAUAUUGACUUGUCAUCCAACCACUUCAACGGAAGCAUACCGAUUGAGAUAUGUUCCCUUUCUACACUUCUUUCUUUGGACCUCAGUAACAACUCACUUGUUGGCGAAAUACCGUCUCGAUUUGCCGACCUAGAAGACUUGACCACCAUAAACCUUGCCGAUAACAAUUUCAACUGUUGCAUCCCCUGUUCUUUUAUGUAUCACCGGACAACACUUCAUGCAGAUACUUAUUUAUAUGAUUACGUCCCAUGUUCCAAAAUCUGGUCUGGCGGCAUCGACAAAGGCGGGCUGAUUAUUGUUUGCAUCUCUAUUAUUCUUGCAUCAUCAUUUCUCGUGCUUAUUAUAUGGGUAAUGUUCUUCAAACGUGGGUGCAAAAAUAAAAAGAUCAAAUCACUUGACGAGACAAUUGCAACAAAGAAUGGAGAUAUAUUUUCAGUAUGGAAUUAUGAUGGGAAUUUAGCAUACAAAGACAUCAUUCAAGCAACGGAGGAUUUCGAUAUAAGGUAUUGCAUUGGCACAGGUGGUUAUGGAAGUGUUUACAGAGCGCAGCUGCCUAAUGGCAAAGUGGUUGCUUUGAAAAAACUGCACACUUCAGAGGUCGAAGAACCUGCUUUGAGAAAGAGUUUCGAGAAUGAGGUGAAAACAUUGACAGAAUUGAAGCACCGAAACAUUGUGAGACUCUAUGGAUUUUGUUUGCAUAAAAGGUGCAUGUUUUUAAUUUACCAGUAUAUGGAAAGAGGGAGCUUGUUCUGUGUCCUGAACAAUGAUGUGGAGGCUAUGGAAUUAGAUUGGAAGAAAAGGGUGAACAUUAUCAAAGGCAUAGUGAAUGCAUUGUGUUAUUUGCACAAUGAUUGCACUCCACCAAUUGUACAUCGUGAUGUAACCACCAACAAUGUCCUACUCGACUCAGAACUAGAAGCUGUUGUAGCUGAUUUUGGCACUGCAAAACUCCUCGAUCCUAAUUCCACCACUCAAACCACCAUACUGGCCGGUACUUAUGGUUAUAUUGCUCCAGAGCUUGCCUACACCAUAGCUGUAACCGUAAAAUGCGAUGUUUAUAGCUUUGGAGUGGUGACACUUGAAACGCUGAUGGGAAAGCAUCCAAAGGAAAUUUUGUCAUCAUUAUCAUCAUCUUCAACACAAAAUCUCAAGCUAAUUGAAAUAUUAGACCAACGCUUAGCACCCCCGAGAAGUCGGUUGGCUGUACAUAACGUUGCUCUUGUUGCCUCAAUUGCAUUUGCAUGCUUAAAUGCUGACCCAAAGCUUCGACCAACAAUGGAUAGUGUUUCCAAACAAAUUGUUAAGCUCAGGACACCACUAGCAGAUCAUUGUUUCCAUGAAAUUACGAUAGGACACCUCAUGAACCCAUAGAUGGCUAAAAUUUAUUGAGGAGUCAGAAAUCAGUUCAGUUCAGCUUUGUUACUUCGCAUUUUGUGUUGUCCUCCCUGAAAAUUUUCGUUUG